UCAGUUUUCAGCAUUUCGCAUACACACCAUUCACACAACCUGGAAAAUGCCGCAGACAGACAUUGACGAGCAGGUCAAGGUACGGUUGACAACGAUGACGACCAACGCAGACCAGGUGCGGGAGCUGGUUGACAAGCUCAAGGAGCGCGUGGAGUCGGGAGAGCUUGCGACUGGCAACGGGAUCAGCUUCCUUGAAGUGAAACACCACACGCUCCUCUCAUACAUCAGUGGGUUGGCGCAGUUCUCGCUGAUGAAGCUGCACGGCCAGCAGAUCAACGGACACAAGGUCGUGCGAGAUCUGGUGGAGGACCGCACGGUUCUGGAGAAGAUGAAGCCGCUGGAGCAGCGGCUCAAGUACCAGAUCGACAAACUUCUGCGUAACGCCGUGGUGGGUGGGCGCGAGACAAAGCCAUCUCUGGCGACCACGGACGACCCGGAGGCGCAGCACGUGGACGACAGCGCCAAGAUCGCCAAGAUGCUGCAAGACGACGCACUGGCGGACCCGACGGCAUUCAAGCCGAACCCCGAAGGGCUGGUUGUGGAUGCUGGGGAGGCCGUGGAGGCCACAGACGGCGUGUAUCGGGCGCCCAAGCAGGUGCCGGUUCACUACGAGGAGGAGGGCAAUCUGGCGGCGAAGCGCGAGCGCGCCGAGCAGCGCAUGAUGGAGAGGGCUGCGCGGUCGCGGCUGGUGCGGGAUCUGAUGAGCGAAUACGACGACCGCCCCGAGAUGGCCACGGCGUCGGGCAAUGCGUCGGUGGGCGUGCGCGAUGUGCGGCUGGAGCAGCUGGCCGAGGAGCGCAAGCAGUACGAGGAAGACAACUUUACCCGACUCAGCGUCUCCAAGAAGGACAAGAAGGGACUCAGGGCCGCGUUUGCUGACCUGGACGACGAGUUUGCGCAUCUCAACGACUUUGCCGGUAUGGAGUCGCUGACGAAGACGGCCCGGGAGGGAAGCGCCAAGGCAGCGAUUCUGGAGCGGCUCAAGCGCAAGCGUGAUAACGAGAGCAUGGCGGAGAAGCAGAGGCGGCGGCGGAGGGGUGCUGCGAGCGAUGAGGAGGAGGAGAACGAGAUGCAGGACAGGACCAAGUUCCAGAAGGCCAAGCGCAGACUUAACCGCAAGCAGCGCAGAAACUAGGAUUUUUAGCAUUGCUUUUUUUUCAAAUAUCCAAAGGCACGAUUU